CACAGGAACCCUCAGCUCCGCGCUGUCGCCGGUCCCGGCCCCGCCGCGGCAGCGGCUCCGCCCUGGGUGAGAGGUCGGCGGGCGGAGCGGCGGCGAUGGCGAUGAUGGCGGCCGGCACGGGCCGGUCCCGCCGGCGGCGCGCAGGAAAUAAGCAUUCAGCUGCUCAGAAAAAUGAAGAUGCUGCUCAAAGGAAAGCAGAUCUGGAGGCUGCUCUGAGAAAAAAGAUUGAAUGUGAGAAAAAAGCAUUGUCUAUUGUUGAGCAGCUCCUGGAAGAGGACAUUACUGAAGAGUUCCUUCUAAAUUGUGGAAAAUGUAUUACUCCAUCCCACUAUAAAGACGUUGUUGAUGAGCGAUCUAUCAUCAAACUGUGUGGUUAUCCUCUGUGUCAGACUAAGCUGGAAAAUGUGCCAAAGCAGAAGUACAGAAUUUCAACAAAAACGAACAGAGUUUAUGAUAUCACUGAAAGAAAGUGCUUUUGCAGCAACUUUUGCUAUAGAGCAUCCAAAUAUUUUGAAGCUCAAAUUUCCAAAAGUCCAGUGUGGAUGAGAGAAGAAGAAAAACCACCAGACAUAGAGCUGCUGAAGGAGGGACGGAGUGGACGGUCUGGAGAAGAGGUGAAACUACGUGAUGAAGUAAUUAAAGCAUCUGACAUUGAAAAUCCUAGAAUAUCUUCAGAUCCAUGUGAAUCUGGUUCUCAUGACACAGCCAGUGACAGCAGUACUGAUACUGAGCAAGAAUUUAUUUCUUCUGUCCUACCAGGAAGUCAGUCAAGUUCAGCCAAUUUUGCACAGCAAUUGCACAAAAAAAGCAUCCUCAAAAAGAAGCAUGCUCAGAAAGUCCCUGCCAGCCCUAAAACUGAAGAUGCAGAUGUGGUAGAAGCCACUGAACAACUCUCUCUGUGUAAAUUAGACACUCAGGAAGAAAAACGCUCUUGCUCUGUUCAUAAUGAAGUACCUGCACCACCUUCGGACAAUACUGCUCCUGGGAAAUCAGGUGCUUCAGAAAUCUUUGAAAAUACGUGUGGAUCAGAGAUAGUUUUUCUAGGUGUGAGCAAAAGAGGAGCAGAACAUCUUAAAAGAGCAUUAGCUAAGUCAACAGAACAUAAAAACCCUGAACUGAGGCAUCCAGUUAAUUCCAAAGGCAGUUUACUAGAAGUGCUUAGGCAAACACUUACGGAAUGGAGAACUGAGGAAACUUUAAAAUUUCUCUAUGGCCCAAACUAUACUUCUUUGUGCUCUUCAGAGUGCAUAGCAUCUGUCAACCAGGAGACUGAAGAACUUGAUGAGGAUGACUUAGAUGCAGCUGAUGAUCUCAACACUGUUGCUGGAGGGGACUCUGAAAACAGUUUGAACUACUCUUUGCCUUUCACAGGCUCAGGUGGAAUAGUUAAGCCUGUGCCUAGUUAUGAAAAGUUAAAAGAAGAAACAGAGUUCCUAGAACUCCGAGUAAAAGAGUUCUAUAAAGGAAGGUGCAUCCUGGCUGAGGAGGCAGCGACACAAGCGCAAGCAGGGGAACAUCCAAGCAGAGACAGAGAUGAUCAACAGGAAGAUCUCACCUUCCCACUUGUUGAUUCAAAUGCACAAAUGCAGAUUAGGAAGCGAAUUGUCCUUGAAAAACUGAGAAAAGCAUUAUCUGCAGUUUUGGGCCCUCUUCAGAUUGCUUCAGGUGAUGUUUACACAGAGCUAAAAAAUCUUGUCAAAACUUUCCGGUUAACAAACAGAAAUAUUAUUCACAAAAUGCCUGAAUGGACUCUCAUUGCUAUUGUUUUGUUGUCUGUGAGAAAAUAGAAGAAACCUUAACAGUUUCCAAGAAGGUAUUUCUCCUGGAACAAAAAACUCCCACUGGUGCUGCAGUGAUGUUCUGCAGGAAGUGACACUGUGAAUUUCACCGCAGCCCCUACAGCUGCAGUCUUUUCCACGCUGGUAUUCUCAUGGGUAACCUUCUAAAUAGGCCGUUUGGAUGUGCUGUGUAACUUUCAUGUGUGCCCAGCACCAGGAUAUUUAGUUCCUCUUCACAGUGCUGGAGCUUGGCUUCAUCAGCAGGAGUGUGUCCUUAGCACACGCUGUGUCCUGGACUCCUGCUGCAUGGAGCUAGGAGGGUUGGCUAGAAAGCUGGCAUCUCUGCACCACCAGCUCUGCUGCCCAGUGCAAGGGAAGAGCAGGGGCAUGGCUGUCUGCCAAGUGUCAUGGAAAUCCCUCCAAGAGAUAGAAAUCUGCAUGUUCCCAGCAGCUGUAUGUGUGGGCAUUCAAACUGACACGUCAUGCACAGCCAGCAGAGCUGGUGUGCAGAAUGCAUCUGUUGCCCUUCUUGGUGGUGCUCUGACAAAUCUUUGUGUUAGAAUCUAGAAAUACUUCUAUGUGAAACAUCAUUUUGGGUGAUCUGCUUCAGUCUGUUGGCAACUUUAUAUCCCAAAUAUACUUGUGAAUUAAGAAUAUGGUAGUAGGAAAAUUACUUUCUUCUGACACUUCAUUUUAGCCUUUUGUGUGAGUGAGUUGUUGCCACUCGUAUUUCAAGCUCUGACACAGCGUGCCUGAUUUCAGAAGGCUCCUUCAGCAUGUUGACUCACUGGGGAGCUGACUUGGUCAGUGGAGUUCAUGUCCCAUUGAACUUUAUGCCACAACUAUGAUCAAGCAGAUGGAAAAAAUGCCCAGAGAGAGAACUGUUUUAAAUUGGUAUUUCUUUAAAAGGUAUACUUUUAGUUGAUUUCUUUUGUAAUGUCAUGUUUUUCCUCCUUCCAUAAUCAGUGCUUUGCUUAUUGGAAGUCAUGUCAUAAGUAGUACAGUGGCAUAAAAUAAAUGCAUAGAAAAAGUUGUACAGUAGUAGAAAUAUAAACAGCUCUGAACUAAUGCUGCAAGUAAGACAUUAGUAAUUCACAUUUUCAGCUGUCCUAAACUUAGUUUUAAACUUAAUGUAUUUUAACUUCAUCCACUGAGCAAACUGAAAUGUUCAUGUUUCAACUGAAUCCUGCAGCUGUAGCCCCAUGAAAAUAUACUUGCUUCCUCAUUAAUAAUUAAUCUUAAUACAUUCAAUGCAAACAUUUUUUUAUCAUGAAACACUACCCUUCUGUUAAAAGAAAAACAUGACUGGCACACACUGGAAUCUUACAUAUUCAGAGUUUUCAUUUUAUCUUGGUUAACUUUGUAAAAAACAGCCUACAUUAGUGGGGAUAUAAGCAGUGUUUUUGACUGACAGGAAACUUCACUGUAAGACAAAAAUCUGUGUUAAUUUGGCUUCUUUCUGAAACAAAACAAAAAAAUGUAGAGAUGCACAUCACUGGGAAGGUUAGUAUAGCUUCCUGUCAUGUGCUCCCCAGGUAUUUAUACCAGCACGGUUUUUAGCAUGGAUUCUAGAUUAAAGUGUUUAAUUCCUUGCAGGUGGUCAUAAUGGUACCUCUAGUAGGCUGAAUGGUGUUCCUCUUUAGCACUGAUAUAAAUUGUGCCCAAAGUAGAAGUACUGUAUUCCUGAACUUUUCUGGAACCACUAUAACAGAAAAACUUUCUAAAAAAUUCCCCAUGAAAGAGCAGUAUUGUUUGAAGAUCUAGUCACUCCUCUCUUUGCAGAUUUUGGAAUGUAAAACCUUACAACACUAAACACUAAGGGUGUCUAGAAAGGCAGUAUUUCAUUCCAGAGAUUCUAAUUUCCUUUGUCAUAUUGCUGUUGAAAAUGUCAGGCUUGACAUAUUAGACAAUAUUUUUUCUGUGAAGUGUAUAAUGGUUUUUAAGGAAGAAGAAUUCUAAAGGUGAUUAAAAACCAUGAAAGCCUUAAAAAUGCUGCUUUGUGAUACUGUUAUGUCUUAGAAAAUCAACUUAUUUGAAUGAUUGCGCUGUUGUAAUUUGCUUGGAUUAACAGUGCUUCACAGACCUGCCUAAGGACCCAACUGUCUGUGUCAUUUGGGGGAAAUAGAUGCAUUUUAUUUUUCAUAUCAAUAAUGUUAUAUUGGAGAAUAUUACUGGUGCUAUAGUAUUCCACAGUGGUGAGGAAUAAACUAAAAAUUACUCAGACACACAAAAAUUUGGAGGGGAGAGGAGAAGAUUAACUUAGAGAGGAGCCUAAUUAUUUUUAUGUGAUAAUUGAUAGUGGGCAGAACACUGAUGGAGACUUGGUUUUGUGUCCUGAUACUACAGGAAUCAAAUGCAAAGGCAGUUAGUACUUCUCAUUACUUCUUACGUUACUUCUUGAGAUACAAAACCAUUCUGACACCCAGUGGCACUCAUCCAGUCUGGCAGUUAAGUUCUGAAGUGAGAUGUUAACAGUGAAGGCAAAAACGUACAGCAUUUUCUGAAAUGUUUUCCUUUCAUAUUUAUGAAAAUAGAAAAGCUUCUUUGGGGAAGGCAGAAAGGAAGGAAGGAAGGAAAUGCAGAUCACCCAAAGAUGAUGUAUAACUGUUUCUCUAGACAGUGGGCUAUGAUAAAGCUCUCAGAAUUUAAGACAAUCCAAGUCAGUGCAUUUAGAUCAGGGCAGGUGGCUCUUUUUACAUGUGUAUAAUUAAAAUAAAUACUGGGGAUAAGAAGACUGAAGCCAGUCAAUUAACCAGAAUGUUGUGUAAGUAAACAUAAUCAUAUCUUCAUAAAAAUUUGCCUGGCACAAUAAAAAGAAUCUGGAACAAUCAUGUCUGCAGCAGUUCAUGGUCUCUUCCCAUUCCUCCCCACCAGGACAAGCGUGCUUUAAUUGGCUGGUAGCAAACAUAACCAACCAGCACGUGGAGGUUUAUUGCAGAAACUGCGAAGUGUAAAUGUGUAAUUGCAUACUACAGGUGCAAAACCAGCAUCAGUGCAAAAAGUGCAGAUGCUUGGUUGUUUAGAGGCUUGUUUCAUUUUAGAGCAUGUUUCAUUUUGAUGUAUACCACACUAAGACGCUGUGUUCCACAAAAAUGCACACUUUGCUCUCCCACCCUCUGUCCAUCUGAACAUCUUAAGACACUGAAUAGACCUAAUUAAUUCAUCAUAAAACUCAGUAUUUCUGAGAUGUGGUACUAGGGUUUUUAAAAAGUUAAGGAAUGGUUGAGAUUUAUCUGGCUCUUCAUAUUCAUUCCAAGCCUCACCACGUAUUCUGCUGGUUUUAGGCAUGUGUUCCUCUCAGUGUACUUUCUCAUACCAGGGUUAAUAGUGCUCUUCUGCUGUAGAGCUCAUAAGAUUGAGAUUAAGGGUAGAAAAGUGAUUUACUGGAGAUCAUCAGGCCAGUAGUAGAUUAGGAAAUUAAACAAGCAGGAAAAGGGUUUGGGGUUUUUCAGUUUUGGUUUGUUUGUUUUUUAAACCUGCUGUGUGCUGUUAUUUCUGGGAAAAGAUGCCUAAGUAUCCUUAACUUUCAGGGAUUUUUAAGAACCUCAUGUUGAGAGGUCCAAAACCACGCUGGCAUUUCUUUUCAAAACUGGGAAAGGCAAGUAGAAAAAUGUUGAGGUUGUUAUGUUUAACUUCUGAAUAAAAAAAAAAUUUGGACACAGUAUAAGCAAGGCUAUUCCUAGCAUGUCUCUUUACUCAGCUGCAUUAUUACAGGUGCUUGAUCUGUAUACUGGACUGUAAUCAAGUUACAGUAUUAAAAAGUUGUGAAACUAAGCUGUGAUCAAUUUUAUGAUCAUUGUUUCCCUAGUAACUGAGCACAGGUGAGUACAUUUUAUAAAGUCAAGUAUUGGCAUUAUUUACCUAAGCAUAUUGCAUUGUAGCUGUUUUAACUUACUGCAAGUCAGUAUAUUUUAUUCUGUCUUUUUUGAAUUUUUUUUCCUACUUAUAUAUCACUAAGGUAAUGAAUUGAUAGGAAUAUCCAUAUGUGGAAUAAUGAAGUGCAAAAAUAGAGAUACAUAUAUAUAGAGAUAGAUAUAAAACAGUGUUAAAUUGAUACAUAAAAUGUAUCAGAUUUGAAUAUAAAGGCAUCUUUUAGAUACUAAAUUGUUCCACUAUAUGUGCACAAUAGUUCACACAAAGUUUGUGAAUUUUAUAAAGUACUUGAGAGGUUCAGGUUCUCAAAAGCUUACAUUUUAGCAUUCUUUAAUCUGAGACUUACACCUGUGCCAUUUUUCAUGUAGCUAGGUAAUACAGGUACUUUAGUGGCAUAGAUUCCAGUAUUUGAGGUGUCACAGGAACACCUUGUGGAACAUAAAAAGGAAAAGAAGACUGAAAAGAAUGAGAGGAUUAAUUUAAAAAUAAAUUUUAAAUGUACUAGAUUUAAAGUUUUGACUAAGUUAAAGAAGAGGGGGAAAUGGAAAUAAAUUAUCAAACUGAGAAGUACCUUUGAUCUGUCAGCUGGUUAGCAGGAAACAGGCUUUAAAUAAAUGGAGCUCUUUAAACAAAGCCUGUCCUUGAAAUGUAUACACAAGAAACUUAGAUUUGUUAGGGAGAAACAGCUGAUAGUGAUUUCUUCUGGGUUCAUAUUGGGAACUUUUUAUUGCCUUGGUAUUAUGCUGAUAAGUAAGCUAAAUUUAAAGUCUGUAUGAAUGCUGGGGCUUUAAAUGGCACACAGUACUAGAGAGGUUCUAAUGCUUUGUGUCUGUGAACUGAUGUUGUGGUCAUCUUUGGAAUACAGUAGACGUGUACCAUACUCCAUUUGUUUCUGAGGAAAUCAUCCUGCAGUCAUACGUGUUGUACAAAACAGUGAAACAAAGUCUGACCUGCUACAGUUUGUAGAAGACAACUCUGGAUAAGAAACUGUAGAUGAUAUUGAGCUGGUUUUAGUGCUUCCUUAGUCUUCUUGCCUGGCUCAAGGUCUUUCUAAUCCACUGUUAAUGAAAUCUGGAAGUGCUGUUUUGCAUAUAAAUGCCAAAGUAAUUAUUUUUUGCCAGACCUGUGAUAUAUUUUUGUUGAUGGCAGUCUUGGUAGUAAUUGAAAAAUGACUAAAAUAGUGUUCUUAAAUAUCACUAUAACAAGAGGCAAAUAAAACCAUUCCAUAUUAUUAUUGUGGCUUUAAAGGAGUCAUGGGUCCUGGAAUUUUGUAACUCCCAUUGUUAUUAGCAAACUACUUCCAGAGUAUUGGCUGUCAGCUUUCUGAUUAGACAGUAUUAGACAAGUAUUGAGGUUUUUCCUUUUCUGUGUCUUUUUGUAUUAGUGCAACAUUAAUUACUACUAACUUUUUUCAUUGCAGGAUCCUUGUAGUUGUACAGCUGUUUGUUAUAAAUAACAGCUAGCAGCUGAUGGAAUGAUUCUUAACUUUCAAGGGAGAGGAAGAAAGUGGCAUAAAUUGUUUGUUUGGUUAAAAAAACCCCAAAGAUCCAGAACAUUUGCGUUUUCUUAAAUCCAUUUUAAAUUAACAAUUUCUGUACCUGAUAAGGUACAGAAACUCUUUUCUGUAAGGUACCUCAACCUUUUCUAAGGUACCUCAACUCUUUUCUCCUGCGUAGUUUACUUAAAACAUUUAAAUGCCUUCCAAAAAUUUCCUUAUUCAGCUUAAUGGAAAAACAGAAGUUAAACGCUCAUACAAAGGGAAAGGCAAGAAAUGACUGCUGAUAUGGAAUGUUAGAGUGAGCCUGCAAAGUAUUUUGCAAAUGUGCACCGGGCUGUGGAAGCCCUUGUGAGGAGAGCAUGCACGGUGUGCCAUGGGGGAGCUUGCUGCACAGCCUGUGCCCCAGGGCCUGCCCGCUGUCCUGGGAAGGGCUGGGGUUUGGGUGCUGCACCUUCCGCUGCGCCCCAGCCUGUUCUCUCAAUUGCCAGUUCCCUGUUUGGAUACAAAUAACUCACUGGGGGGAGAGGGUGGGGGUAAGAAGGAAAAAGACAAAAGCAGAUCCAUUGUCUUUUUUUUCAGCUGAUAGCAAGCAUUUCCAUCAAGUGCUUAGAUAACCCCUGGUGCUGUGGAAAGGCUUUCCUUUUACUGUUAGUCAUAGCCAUCCAGUCAUAUCUGGCUAUGCCACACGUGAAAUGUUGGCCCCAUUAAAAGGGAGUGGAAGUUGCAUCUGGACAACAACUACAUGAAAAGUGUGUACUGAAGGUGAACUUUACAUGAAGAAAAAAUAUAUUUGCCUAACUAAAUACAUAAACAAGUAUCAAAGAACAUAUUUAUUGAAGAAACUUUUAGAAACUGCACAGGAAAAAAUGAAGGUAGUGGAAACAAUUAACAAAUUUAACUUAGAAAUGAACCUUAAUUUUUGCUAUAUACUUGGUUUAUAUAGGAAUUUCAGCCGUUGAUUUUGAAUCACUGUUGGUAGCAUUGAUUUAAAUGUAGUGGACAAAAAUUUUAUAGCAUGAAUAAUUUAGUUUCUGUUGCCAUCAGAGGAUUAAAGUGCCUGUGCUGGAUUCUGUGGACAAGUCAGUACACAAUAAUGAAAGGAAGUUAAAUAAUAAAUAAAACAUAAGUUGCACUUCAGUUACAAAAUUCUUGUCUUUAUGAUGAGAAUAGGAUCUUCAGGCUAUAUUUAAAACUAGACCAGAAGUGGCUUUUUAUCUCAGUAAGAAAAUUGCCUGUUUAUUUCUGCCAGUUAUUGCUGUUCAGUGCUGUGGGCUUUAGAGUGUUUUAUCUUUCAUUAAGUAUAAUACAGAAAUUUAUUGGGGGAGAUUACAGAAAGCUGCCCCUGAAAGCCAGUUUCCUCUUUGACUGAUUAGAUAUGGUAACAAAAGGCCCCAAACUAGAGACUACUUUAAUUGCAGAGUUGCAAGUGACACUGACAUCGUAAUUACUUUUUUCCAGUACUAGUAUAGUUUAAUUUAAAAGACUCAAUUCCAAAGAUCUAUCUAAAUACUUUUGCAUCUUGUUUGUAAGUUAGAUGCUUCCAGUUCAAGAUUGUCUGUCAAAUAUUAAUGUGUUCUAAUGGAAAUUGCUCACUCUGGAGACAGCCUUUUGCUUUUAAGGGUUUGGGGUUUUUUAAUGCUGAGUUUUUUAAAUCAUGCUCGAGCUAAAGUUAUAAGAAACAAGUAAGGUUUUGGGGUUUUUUUCACUGAAACUGCAAACAUAGCAGUUAAAUUACGUAAGUUGAGGCGGUCAUAUUUUCUAAUUUCUGAGCAUAUGUUUAAACAUAGUAAUUAAGUGUAACCGCUUAAUUACACCAAAGUUAAUAAAUUUUUUUAAGCUCCCUGAUGUUCCACCUUUAUCUCACAGCUAGACUCAUGUAGUGCUUCAGCUUUCUGUCCAAUACUAACUUUGGCCUGAUGGAUGCGCCAGGCUUUGGGAUUUAAGAUACUUUACUGACAAAAUUGCAGUCCCUAGACAAGUGUACUGUAUCUACUGAGAUACUGGAAGUGAGAGAUUUUAUCUCAAAUUAAGCAAGCAGCCAAUGUAUUGUGAAGAACAUGCAAAAUUACAAUGAUGGUUUCAGCUUACUCUGUCUAGAUGUCUGAGUGCCUUUGGGUAGGGAUUCAUGAAGUGGAUAAAUGCAGCAAGCGUUGGACUUUACCCCAUCAGCUGAAGCACUGUUUUGAGUGAUUGAUACAUGGUGGCACUACAGCUGCAUGUACAGGCCGAUGGCCUUUGGGCUGCAAUGCACAUCAAUUCACUGAGUUUUAUUGCUGAUGUGUAACACUUGUUGGAUUGAGUCAGUCUAGCCAGUUGUCUUAAACAAAACAAUUGCUUUUGGAGACAUCAAUUGUGUUGGAGACAUCCUUAAAAGGAGCAUAACUAAAAUGGAAUUUAAAAGUGUGUUCUAUAAAACUGCUAUAUUAAAAGAAAGGCAUUUCUGAUUAGUAACAUUUUUAUUGCAUUGCUAAGCCCAUCAAAUCUGUAACUUAAGAGUAGUGCAAAUAUAUUUGGAGUGUUAAAAAAAACCCACAAAACCAAAACACCCCAGCGUUGCUGUGUUGAUGCAGUAAAACCCAUUAGAAUGGCAUGGU